AGUACAAACCCCGCCCAUAUCUCAUGACUUCCUUCAGAACUUUCAGUUUAGAUACUAUAUACUUUUGAUAUAACUGAAUUCGCACACAGACUUCAUGUGAGAAUCAGAAGGUCAGGAUGGCUUUCGGUGCGCUCCUGUGCGCGUGUGUGAUGGUGUUGUGCAGCGCCGCUCCGUUUAAACUCCCGCAGAGAAUCGAGCCUGAGAACGACAGACCGAUCAUCGGUAUUCUGACACAAGAGGUUGAAGAUUAUAUGAAAAAGUUUGGAAAAACAUACAUCCCUUCAUCAUAUGUGAAGUACAUCGAAUCCGGGGGAGCAAGAGUUGUGCCGAUUAGGCUCAACCAGAGUUCUGCAGAGCAUGAAAAGAUCUUCAAGUCGAUAAAUGGUCUUCUUCUCAUCGGAGGGUCUGUGAAUCUUGAGACAUCUGACUUUGCUCACACUGCUGGGAUUUACUUCAGACUAGCCCUUAAAGCGAAUGAUGAGGGUGAUUACUUUCCCAUCUGGGGAACAUGCCUGGGAUUUCAGCUGCUCACUGUGCUGGUGGCUGGAGAAAACCUGUUGAGUAAGACAACUGCAGAGAAUGUCGCUUAUCCACUCAACUUCACCUCAGAGGCUUCAUCCAGUCGUAUGUUUACCAACUUCCCAUCUGACAUCCGUAAAGCAUUGUCCCAGGAGCCACUUACUGGAAAUUUUCACCAUUAUGGAGUGACUAACGAGGCAUUUAUGGGUAAUGAGAAAUUAAGUGGCUUCUUUUCAGUGCUGUCCACAAACAUAGCAGAGAAUGGCCUUGAGUUUGUUUCUACCAUGGAAGGCAAGAAGUACCCUUUCUACGGAGUACAGUGGCAUCCAGAAGUGAACCGCUUUCAGUGGGACCCUCAUCACAACUUUCCUCAUUCCAGCAACGCUGUGCGCGUGUCAUCAUUACUGGCUGAAUUUUUUGUAAAUGAGGGAAGGAAAAGCUCCCACCACUUCAGUGAUGCAGCAGAAGAAAGCAGCGCGCUUAUAUACAACUACAACCCUGUGUAUAUGGCAAAUGUCUCUGCAUAUGAGCAGUCUUAUUUCUUCUGAGACACACAGUAUAGGAGGAUGUUGAGAAAGACUAAGAAAGAAAACACUUGUCAAGAUAUUUCAAAUGUUUGUUUUUGUCAACAAAUGCACUGUAGAAGACCUCAUCUCAUAAGAAUAUAAUGUUUUCAGUCAAUGAAGAUAAUCAAUGUUUUAUUAAACAGUUUUGGAUUUUUUAUAACACUCAUUAAAUAUGAAGAUGAUUACUUAUUUCAUUCCUUAAUGAGAAUAAAUGGUAUUAUGUAUAAGCAUGUUUUAACUAAAGAUCAAGGGGAUGUUAUGAUUUAUGUACCAGAAGAGGGCAGUAUUGUCAUGUUCAUAUACAUUCCAUCUGUUUUUCCUGAUUUCUACAAUAAAAUAG